GCCAAUCUGAAAUCCCGACCACCUUAUCUACCUUAUACACCUGUCGAUUGCCAACAUUAAUAUAAGGAAACGGUUGUUUGUGGAAAAGUCCUACAUGUGGAUUACGUUUAAUCAUGGAGAUAGUCAGAAGAGCUUCCUUAAUAUGUCGAUUGUCUAACGGAAACCAAACAUUGCGGUGGUUGGACGGUAUUUCUAUCGUAUAUGACGUUCGGACAAGGAUCUACGGAAGCAGGAUCCCAGAGUGGCCAGCAAAUGCCGUAUCCAUGGAUAAAAACGAGAGCACUUGAUCCCAUAGCACGUGCCCAACUGGUUGGACAGGAGUUCCUCGAGUGCUGAAUUUGUCCAAGAUUUUCUGAACCAUUUAAUCAAUAGAGUGGUAUAGGCGGAACUAUUUCAACUCUCAAAUCGGCUCACACAGUCAGUUUUAAUAUAUGCGCUGCGACAAUGCACUAACGAACAUGGACGUCCGUUUUUCACUAAUUUUUAUUUAUUGUCUUACAACUUUUCAGGUGGAAUAUUUAUUUUAAAAUACCAGAGAAAUAAGCGUUUUGCUUCCGUUAUGGAGGACAGGGAGAAUGCUAUUUUGUCUGUCGACACGUGUGUGGAUUGUUUUGAGGUCCUAGGAACUCCGAUGGACACGACCAUCUAUCCGGUGUAUUUCAGAAACGUGUCAGUCUGGCAAAACAACACGACACCUCCUUUUAAACCGGGAGAGGGUUCCAGUUCACCGGCAACUCUGGUUCUUCUCUCGUUUCUGUUUUUUGUAAUAGGAGUUACCGGAAUCUGUGGCAACUCUCUAGUGGUGUGUGCUGUGGUUCUUAACAGAAAGAUGCGGACAUCAAUGACAAACUUAUUGAUAACUAAUUUGGCGUUUGCUGACCUUGUUAUAAUGAUUCUAGGCAUUCCAGAGACUGUCCAGUUCAUGAUGGACCGAGGCUGGACGCUACCGACGGUGUGCUGUAAGAUAAACCGUUAUGUGAUGGUGGCAGCGCUAUAUGGGUCCGUCCUCACCUUAAUGGCCCUGUGUGUGGAAAGAUACGUCGCCAUUAUUCACCCUAUCAAAGCUCAUAUCGUGUGUAACAAGCGUCGGAUCGUUGUGAUUUUGGGAUGUAUAUGGCCGUGCGCAUGGGCAGCGGGACUCCCUACCCUGAUAUUUAACGAGGUCAGACAAGGGCAUCCUCACAUACCUGUUCUGUACUGUAUGAUGGUUUUCCCUGAUAACCACAUAUUCUACUUCAAAAUCUUUAAAUACAUCGAGUCGGUGCUAUUUUAUUUCCUUCCCUUGUUGAUACAGAUAGUCUUAUACGCUUUUAUCACGAAACACCUCUUCCUGGGAUCAGACAGGCUCCAUCGCAGAGUAACAGUGCGCCAGGUGAAUGGGUCCUCCUUGGAGCGAUUCUCGGAGGCGCUUCAAGCUCGCAGGGGCGUGGUUAAAAUGCUGAUGAUGAGUGUCAUUGUAUAUUUCAUAAGUUACUCACCGAAUCAGAUCUUACUUAUCUGUAACACGAUUUCCCCAACCACGUUCCACGAAAACUUCUCUUUUCAAGUGUUUACAAUGAUCGUAGCUAAUUUGAAUUCCGCGGCAAAUCCAGUGCUGUACAGUAUAUUUAGUCAGAACUUUAGACAGUGUUUUAGAUACAUGAUGUGUGCAUCGUGUGUGAGACGACCGAAGCCCAAACCCGCGCGACAAAUGACACUAACAUCAAACGGAUCGAGACUUUGGAGACACACAAGUAUGGCCUCCGCCGCGUCCACGGAAGUGUAGGCCUCUAGAGAUGCUGGCUUGUAUAUUGUACGAGAUCAGAGUGUUGCGGAACGAAAGCUAAAAGCCUCGGGACGCUGUUUGACAUAUCUUCUUUUUGUUUCCCUUUAUGUUGAUGAAGGAACUAAUAAAUGUUGAAAUUCUGUUUCUUCAGGUCAUCAAACUAGUCAUUUCGGAUGAAAACAAAUGUAAACAAAAUGUUCAAAGUUUACAU